GGUCACAAUCUUUAUAUAUAAUUAUAUGAUGCCCUCUCCUAUUUUUGGUGUUCCAAACAAUCAUCAUUUCCAUUCACUUGAUUAUACCAGCACACAUCGGGAAAGUUGAUCUUUCUUACAAAGCCUUACACUCAUUUACAAUUCCUUAAAAAACAAAAUUUACAUCGUCAAAAUGCAAGGCUCAAUCCACAGCGUUUCCUUUCUCCUCCUUUUAUUGGGUACCUUUAUUCUCGCAAGUCCCAUGCCAACCCAAAAACCAACAGUACCAUCAACAUCAAAAUCAACAACACCAAUCAAUAAGAUGUAUAGUCUUUCAUCUCAUCAAAUGAUGAAUACAACCAACGACGAUACCAACCCUAAAUCUUCUACAAGUUCUGCUGCUGCCAAAUCAACUGGAACAUCCACUGCAUGCUCACCAGAAGUCCAAGCUCUUGCAUCGGGAAUCAAUUCGAAUAUUGCAGACCAACGUAAUGAACAAAAAGCUGUGACAGCUGUAGGAAAGGCCCUUCAACAAUCACCUUUUAAUGCCUCCAUGUUUGAUGCCGCGCAAUCCUCACUCAUGACUUUUGUUCAAAAAGGAAUUCAGAUUCGACAAAAUAAUCAAAAGAUAGCUCCAGCAGGAAAUGCGGCUAUACCUGGUUUAGCAACUGUCGCAAUGGCACAACAGGAAGAGUUGAAUUUAACCAUGAGUUUGACUGCAAGUAAUGUGGCUAGUAGUAAUGCAACAGUUGCAAAAUUGAAGACAGAUUUUGCCGGUGGAAUUGUACAAAAUAUGAAGAAUUUGGCGGCGGCAACUAAAGGUUGUAAAAUGCCCAGCACUACCACAUAAUUUAUGGAUCUGGCGGUUUUAGUCAACAGAGAUGAAUCAUUCAUGAGAGACGCUGGUCACUCUGUAAUGUAGCAAAUAUGGUAUAGAUGUUUCGCUUCAUAAAAAGAAUUUCAUAGUACGAUUAAUGAUCAUUCAUGCCGCCGAGUCAAUUGUUCUCGUGAAUGUUUCUCA